CGGGCCCAGAGCGCUCCUGCGGCGGCGCGGGGGAGUGAUGCCUCCGGGGCCCGCAUGAGGAGGGGAGCGGGAGCCGCGGUGCCUCCCGCGCGCCGGGCCUGCCCUGCCAGUGCCGCCAUGGAGUGUGUGCAGGUCCCCCCCAGGCAGCCGGGGAGUGCUGCUGAGGGGGACCGGCUGCUGCUGCUGCUGCCGCCCCCUGCACCGCAGAAGGACGAGGAGACACUAGGCGGCUUUGAGCCCUGGGCUGCCUCGCAGGAGGGAGCUGAUGCUGCUGGAGAGCCAAUGGGGGUGAAACGCCAGGAAAGUUUGGGCACGGCUCUCCUCUCCCAGCUGGAUGCGGAGACCCUUCCCUCAAAACCCAGCUCACCGGCUUCAGGGAACGCGCCCAGCGGGGAAAUGCUGGACCACGCCACUGUGGCUUCUGCAAAGAGGGACUUGAAGGAGCCAGGGGGCUUAGAUCUGGCAGAGGAGCGGUUACAAGGGAAGGAGACUUCUUUGGUCGUGAACCAUCCGCUUCAGGAAGCAUUUCCAGGGAACGAGGAUGCUUCUUGUAACCCUCACUUGACUGCAGAGGAGAGAAAUUUGCCAGAGGUGGCUGCUGCCGCCAGUGGAUGUCCCGGGGGAAAUGAAAAAUCUCUGCUGCAGGCCCCUCUUUCCCCCUCACAGGAAACGUUGGCAUCUCCACCUUCCUGUAACUCUUCUUUGGACUCAGAAGCCCCAAGUCCGGAGAGUCCAGUGGGUGACCAACAAGUGGAGGCUUCUCCACCGUCUGAAGAUGGAAAACUCAAACAUGGAGCAAAGCGGGUAACGUUUCCUUCGGAUGAGGACAUAGUCUCUGGGUGUCUGGAGCCUAAAGAUCCUUGGAGACAUGCCCAGAAUGUGACUGUUGAGGAAAUUAUCAUGGCCUACAAACAAGCCUGUCAGAAAUUAAACUGCAAACAGAUACCCAAACUACUGAAGCAGAUACAGGAAUUUAAAGAUCUGUCUCCCAGGAUAGAUUGCUUGGAUCUAAAAGGAGAAAAACUAGACUAUAAGGCCUGUGAGGCACUGGAAGAGAUUUUCAAAAGGGUCCAGUUCAAAAUAGUUGAUUUGGAGCAAACGAACCUGGAUGAAGAUGGUGCCUCAGCAUUAUUUGAUAUGAUUGAGUAUUAUGAGUCAGCAACGCACCUCAACAUCUCGUUUAACAAACACAUCGGCACCCGAGGCUGGCAGGCAGCUGCACAUAUGAUGAGAAAGACUAACUGUCUGCAGUACCUGGAUGCUCGGAACACUCCUCUGCUGGAUCACUCGGCGCCAUUUGUUGCUCGGGCUCUGCGCAUCAGCAGCACCCUGGUAGUGUUACACUUGGAGAACGCCGGCCUUUCUGGGCGCCCGCUCAUGCUACUAGCAACGGCUCUGAAAAUGAACAUGAACCUACGGGAACUGUAUCUAGCCGAUAAUAAACUGAAUGGAUUGCAGGACUCUGCUCAGCUUGGCAACCUGCUGAAAUUUAACUGUUACAUACACAUACUGGACCUGAGGAACAACCACAUCCUAGAUUCAGGCUUGGCAUACAUCUGUGAGGGCCUAAAGGAGCAACGGAAAGGGCUGAUCACUCUGGUUUUGUGGAAUAACCAGCUGACUCACACUGGCAUGGCUUAUAUGGGGAUGACACUGCCUCAUACACAGAGUUUGGAAACCCUGAACCUUGGUCACAAUCCCAUUGGGAAUGAAGGUGUUCGUAAUCUGAAGAAUGGACUCAUUGGAAACCGCUCUGUGCUCCGAUUAGGCUUGGCUUCUACUAAACUAACAUGCGAGGGUGCUGUGGCGGUAGCAGAAUUCAUUGCUGAGAGUCCAAGGCUCCUUCGACUAGAUCUGCGGGAGAAUGAGAUUAAAACGGGGGGUCUGAUGGCAUUGUCCUUGGCACUGAAGGUCAAUCAUUCUCUGCUCAGGCUGGACUUAGACAGGGAACCGAAAAAGGAGUCUGUUAAGAGUUUUAUUGAAACACAAAAGGCUCUUUUAGCUGAAAUCCAAAAUGGUUGCAAGCGCAACUUUAUUCUGGCCAAAGAGAAAGAGGAGAAAGAACAAAAACUUCAGCAAUCUGCCUCUAUGCCAGAGAUCACCAUCACCGAGCCGAUUGAGGAGGGACCUGGCGAAAACAGCCAAGAUGAUGGCACAACAGCAACACCUGAAGAAGAUGAAGUGGGGGAGACAUUGGUGUCCAAAGAGAACAGGCAUACAGACAAUGCAAUAAACAGUGACAAAGAUGGGGUGACAUAUUCAGACUCUGACACAGAUGAUGAGGUAGACACUGGGUUAGUGACUAAAGAUCUCAGUAAAUCACAGAAACAAAAUGAUUCUGUUCAUGUAGAUAAUGUGCCCCAGACAUUUUUUUCUCCUGAAAAGACCAGGGAUGCACUUAGCUCAGAGGACAGAACUGCCCCUUCAAACAUGGCUGAAGAAACAAAGUGUGAGCCCAAAGGAGGGGGAAGCAAAGGGACUAUACCAGGGGCUCAGGCACAUGCUCUCUCUCAAGGAAAUGAGAGGAGAAUUUCUGUUUCUAGUCCUGGGCGAGGCCAUAAAAUCUUUGUAGUGACACGAGUUGAAAAUCUACCAGAGAAAACAGCAGAAAACACUACAUGGCUGAAGGAGAAUGUGAGUGACCUGCAAGGCAAUGCAGUGAAUCAGUCUAAACUGAUUACUCAAACCCUACCUAUGAAGACUGAAUUUUUGGACUUGCAGGCAAAUGGGACUGUUUCCAAGUUGGCUGCCAACUUGGAAAAUGCGCCAUCGGCAGGAACCCCUGGAUCAGUUUCAGAAAAGAUGAACUCUGGUUCGUGUGAGAAUACAGUCCAUGAAACGCCGCUUCCUAAUGGGCUAAAGACAGAAUUUGUUCAUGCGCUACCAGAUACGUCCUCAGGUUGUGAUGGGAAAAUGGGGAGCUGUGCUGUCGAGCAUGAAUUAAACUGUUCCAAGAAUGAGAAGGAGCUGGAGGAAUUGCUCCUGGAAGCAAGUCAAGAGACAGGGCAGGAGCCACUGUGACACUUUAGCUCCUCUGGAUCGAGCUCCGUUGAGCUGAAACUGUCUUGAGACAUGCCUGUGACAUCCCUUUCCACUCCAUGUGAUUCAGAAGAACCUUGGUCUGCAGUGCAGAGGUUAUUCUUUUUCAAACCAUAUCAGUGCUAUUUCCUGCCCUAGACACUUUUCUCCACAUUCUUGACUCUGCCCUAUAAGGAAGGACUCGGCUAUUCUCAAGAUGAUUCAGGAAGGGAAGGAGAACAGAGAGAAAAUCUUACCAAAAGAGUGAUUUGCCUACCUGAUUCCAAGGUGAGCUCUGGCACCUGAUGGAAACGGCACUACUUUCUGACCUUCUCUAGACACUACCUGAUGCAUUUGCAUUUUUCUUUCUCUAUUUCUCUGGAAUUACCACUGUUACUGAGUAAUUUGUAAGGAGAAGAUCUCCUCAAUCCUGGAGAAUGGGCAUUGGACUGAAAUAUUCUACAAUUCAAAUGGGAGAUUAAAAACCCAGAGCCUCAUGGUUCAGGCCUGGAAUUGCUUUCCACACACUACAAGUGUCCCAGGUCUCUGAAGGCUAGUUUAAGAAAACUGUUUUCUAACAUGGAAACCUGCUAGCAGAAUGGUUGCACAUGAUUGUGUCCCUGGGAAGCGUGGCCCUGACAAGCUGUAGUCACUUGUUGAGACUUGCAUUGCCAGACAAGCUGUCCAGGACAGGCUGCAUCCACAGCCACAAUGGUUAUUUAUUUUAAAUUCCUUUUUUAGGUAUAUAUUUAUCAUGAGCUUCAAAGUACUGAACAGGAUUUAACUUAGAAAACAAUGUAGAAUUACUUUUAGUCUAACCUGCAGCCUUUUUGGAACUUUACUCCUGGUUUGCAGAACUCUGCCAAAAAGCACCAUCAAAAAUACCUUCCCGUGCACAUCCUACACAGAACACCACACUGACAUAACUAGCCGGCGUGCUUGUGUGCACACAGACACACGUUUGUGAGAUCCACAUUUCAGGGGGGUCCCUGCCUGUGAUGUGUUCAAGAGGCAGAGCUAAUACCCUUGAGGAUCAGGUGAAAUUCCUUACAUCGUUGUAUGUCUCUUAGGGGAGAAGGAAUCAUCAUGGCUGAGUCUGUUCUAGUUUCCUAACUUUAUAAGCAUCAAACAGAAGGACAAAUUACCCCCUUUAGCAACGUUUUCUCAAAGCCAUAUAUUACAGAACUGACGGCGUGAGAGAGAGGGAGGGCGGAAUGGGGCUGACUCAGUCAUCUCCAUUUGGGAGCUCAUCCAGCAGUCUAAUACUGAGCCAGAGGCGAAUAUGCAGUAGAAGUAGUUGGAUCCUCUACAUUUUAUUACAUUAAAGGAAGUCUAGGAUCACCUGGUUUGUUUAAGUUACUGCCCUCCUUCUGUUCCGGAUUUUCCAACUCCUUUUGUAUUUGGCUGAGGAAAGAUUCAGGGGACAUGUUACACCAUUAAAAGAUGAACAGGAAUUUGACUUUCCAUGAUUGUGUAAGUAGCUUUCAUAUAGCUGGUCAGCGGGCCUUCUGAUUCAGUGUAAAAUCUUGCUUUAGAGAAUAUGUGCCCCUUUUACCAAAGGUUUUUCGGGAUGAAUUUUCAAUUCUGCAUUGGAACGUGCUCCAUUCCAUAAAUUGUGCUUAAUACAGAGAAUCCCAGAGGCGGUCACACCUUUGAUAGGAUGAAUAUACCAUUAGAGGAGCCUUUCCUUUAUUCUUCUUGCCAAGGGAAGGAAUCUGGUUGCUCUGGAAAAGAUGUUCAGUUUUCUCAGGGAGGGUUCUCUCUCAGUGUCCCAGGACUUAUGAGAUUCUGCUGGCCGAGCACUCUGGUAUCGAGAGUGUGGAAUGGGUCAUUGUUUUAGGCUGCAAAGUCCCACUGCAACAUACCACACCCUGCACAAAGCAUGACACCCAAAGAGGCCCUUAUUCCGAAGGCACUAUUACAAUGAAAACCAGAAUUUCCAGAGUGCAAAUCCAAAUGAAUGGAAUGCCUGCCCUGUGCCCACAGCCAGAGAGAGGAGCUGGCCUGUUGGGGAGGAACCAGCAGUUCUAAGGCAGCACGGAGGUGUUGGGCAGAAGGCUUCAAUAUAGCACAUGCAAGAGGAACAAUCAAGGAAGGAAAACAAAAUUAUGCAGCAAACCUUUUUUUAUUGUGUAGCAAGGCCUGUUAGCGUAAAGUCUGAAUGAUGUGGGUCAUAAGAGAUUGAACCAUCUUUAUCCUUGAGUUGGAGAGGAAGGAAGACUUGGUAGGUUAAAUUAGGUCUUGAACUACCAUUUUGGUUCAAAUCCACGAGGAAUGGCAGAGAGACCCUCCCACUAGCCCCCAGAAAUGGUUAUCAGAAGAGAAAUAUUUCUGUAUAUGUGGAUUACUGCUCUGCUAUGAAGAGAAAUCUCGGAAGGAAACUAUGGUACUAAUCUGUAAUUUAACAAAUUUAUUGUAUAAACUGACCAGAGAAACAGCUUAGAGAGGGGACUGUUGGGUAGAACUUAAGCUUUUUUUUAUUUUUUAUUUUUUCUUAAGUGCAAUAAAUCUAUCAGGGAGCUGUGAGGGCACUUCAUUGCAUGGGAAUCAAGGCUGGAGAUGCAGAAAUUUUAACUCUUCAUGCACUGAAAACUGAAUCACAUUAGGAAUUUGCUGCAUUAACACUACAUACAAAGGAUGGUGAUUUAUUUGCUGAUGUUUGUCAUUUCUUUCUGUUGUGCAUUUUUGUUAACACUGUUUUCUAUUAAAUGAAAACUGCAUUCGUCACUGACUUCUCCUGUCUGUUUGGUACCUACAAAUGACACUUGUUUUGUUCAUGGCAAAGAAGAGAAGGUGAGAUUUCACUAGAACUGAAGCAAUAUCCUUUCCAAAGGAACUCUGCAGAGCUAGCGCUACCAUCCACUACCCUGGCGAAAAGAGCCAUUAGGAAAACCGGACAGUGGUUUGAAGUUCUGCAUGGUACCUAUGGGUGCGAGCUUGAUAGGACAGUCUCAGUCCAGUGGUCCAGCCUCUGAAAUGCUUGUCUGUCCUCUCCCAGAUAUUCAUGUUCAGAAUCUGUUUGCCCUUUUGUUUUUCACUUUGAUGGGUAAAAUACCUGUCAGGCAAACCCCUGUAAAGCUACACGAGGAUCAUCAGUGGGGUUUUCAGAAGCACCGAAAUGAGCUCAGAGCACAAGUCUCAUUGGCUGUCACUAGAGUUGGUGCCCCUUAGGCUCUUAGAUGCUCCUCACUCAGGGAGCUGGCUUCUUGGAAGAGAUGAGUGAGAUCCUAAAGCGGGUAAGGACCGCUGUCUGUGGGCUCAGGGUAUUUGCCCAUCUUUGGGAGUCCCAUUGCAGUCUGUGGGGAAGUUGGCAAUGAUCUUCUUGAGAUCUCGUUACUCAGUGUUAAUGAAUUAUUUAUGCAAGAGAAAUGUUAAAAUAUUACAGGUCACAAAAAUGAGAUUUUAGCAAAUAUUAGUGGUUUAUGAGAAGAACCAGCUGUCAGAUAGUGAGGCCUAAGCUCAUGGUGAUGGUGACCAUUCAAUUCUAGGCAAUACCCUGCUGUACAUGUGACAGGAAAUUGAGCUUCAUCUAAAACAUGUUCUGUGGUACGCAUUUCUUCUCCUCCGUAUGCUGCUCUGACAUGGCUUUGUCCUUGUGUGUAAGCUUAAUGCUGACAGCAGCUACAUACCCUCCAGUCUGCUUCAGAAAGUUCUGCCUUACAACCAGUUAUAGAAACAGGUUUAUUGUGUAUUCUCUAUAUUCUGCUAUGAACGCAGGGCUGGAUUUUCCAGCAUGGGGUUCUGAUUCGAGGAGCUCAGUGUGAGUCACCCAGUAUGAAGAAGGCAGAACCGGGCAGCCCAGUGGCUGUUUGUAGCAAUUGCUUCUCCACAGGAAGCAGCAGACAAGUCCGUAUGCAAAUUGGGUGUGCUUAAUUGGGAGACUCCUACUGCAAAACUGCAGCCUUCAUAUCUCAUUUGUAGCUUAGAUUUAGUAUCCACAGGAACAUCUGAAGCGACUCCUGAGUUCAUGGAGCCAGCGGUUAUGGUGCAUCUUUCCCUGUACCUGGAAAACCAACACGAAUUAGGCUGUUUUGCCAAAGAAACUGUCCUCUGGCAUUUGACCCAGUUAGGUAUGCUCAGCAGUCUACACACAGGGAGACAGCCCAUAAAAAAUUCAGCACCAGUCAAGACUGAGAAGCAUUUGCCCCAGUGCCUCUCAGUACUAUCCCUGAAUGAAGUUGUUUUCAAUCAUUUCCUAUUGAAAGGAAUAAAAUCUAUCAUUCAUGUUACAUAAAACUAGUACCUCAAGAUUCCUAGUAGACCUAUCCUGAGACUUAUUGCCAUGUCUCUCUUACCGCUUUCUCAUUUAUGCUCUUCUCCAAGGAACUUCUUCGAGAGAUUCCUCUUUGCUUUGAGCCUUGACUAUCUGGCCUACUGUCAUUUGUAAAUCUGAGGUGAAUAAACAGGAAUAACUGCUAAGGAUAGCAGCAGAUUUAAAGCACAGAAAUCUAGAUUCAGUAGUUAAGAAUAAGGAUCUGAGUUGAAACCUCUGCUUAGCCUUCUGGCAGGUGUUUUCACUGCUGUAUUUCUUGAAGCAGUGCAGAACCCAGUCUGGCACAUCAGAAGGUCUAACUGCCCUUGGACACAGCAUAUGCAUCUCCUGUUAAUGUGACCUGAUGUGCACUGAAAUGAGGCCAUGACAUGUCAGUCAUACUGUAGACAUCGUAUUAGAAACUUUUUGCAGGUGUCUUACAGGGCAUGUGCAGCAGCUGCUUUUCAUAACUUCAGUGUCCCUCUGGGACUCUUUAAAAUGGUAAAAUCAUCUUGUCUGGUGUCAUAUUUCUGAAACGACCUCGAUGUAUAUUGCAAAGCAGUCUGCGGCGGUGGGAAAACUGCCUUGUGUGUUCUUGGAUCUUAGAUGUGACCUUGUGUGAUGUGAUAUUUUAAACCCCCAGAUGUGGGAACACUGACCGGAUUGUUGAUGCUGAAACUGUUGCACUCCCUCUUCUGAACACAGGGGCGGCUCUGUGUAUUUUGUCGCUCCGAGCACGGCAGUCAGGCAGCUUUCGGCGACGUGCCUGCGGGAG